AUGGAUAGAACACUCAGGAGGUGUGGUUUGGCAAUGCUCCUGUCGUGUGCAGGGUGCAAAAAACCAAUAAUGGACAAAUUUUUUCUUAAUGUUUUGGAGCGAGCGUGGCAUGGUGACUGCGUAAGAUGCUUCGAUUGUGGAACCGAGCUUCAGGAAAAGUGUUUUUCCCGUGAAUCCAAAUUAUUUUGUCGGAAUGAUUUCUUCAGUGGCAGGAUUGCUCCCUGUCAGUAUACUAUCUGCAGUCCUUCUGUUCUACUUCUCGUCUGA